ACACUGUCACGGGACGGUCCACGCACUGCCCGGUCACCACGCACACCGCCGCCGGUCAAGAUCUGAGAUUUCAAGGUGACACGCUUCAGACACUGAGCCGUUGGAUCAAAGAUGCCCCCUGCAGCAGCAACCAAACUGGGCCACACACCGCCAGAUGGAGGCUGGGGCUGGGCUGUUGUCUUUGGCGCUUUCAUCUCCAUAGGAUUCUCCUAUGCCUUUCCAAAGUCCCUCACCAUCUACUUUAAGGAGAUUCAGGAAUAUUUUUCGGUCUCCUACAGCGAGAUUGCCUGGCUGUCCUCAGUCAUGCUCGCUUCUAUGUAUGCAGGAGGACCUGUGAGCAGCAUACUAGUCAACCGCUAUGGCAGCAGACCUGUGGUCAUGGUCGGUGGGCUCAUGGUUAGCGCUGGCAUGGUGCUUGCUUCUUUUGGCAGGACUAUCAUGCAUCUGUAUUUUUGCGUUGGAGUUAUUGGUGGUUUUGGACUCGCCUUCAACCUACAGCCGGCCCUUACUAUCAUAGGUACCUACUUCCAGGUGAAAAGGCCUUUGGCGAACGGGCUCGCCAUGACAGGAAGUCCAGUUAUUCUAUUCACUCUGGCUCCUCUCAACCAGUUUCUGUUUGAUUCUUUUGGCUGGAGAGGGAGCUUCCUCAUCCUGGGAUCCAUUGUUUUGAACUGCUGUGUGGCUGGCGCUUUGAUGAGACCAGUCAAUAAAAAUAUCCAACCAAAACCAAAGACUGACCCACCAGAGCGUAAUGGGGCAGCCGCUGAGGAAGCGGCUACUUCAGACACCAGUGAGCAGUCUGCUGACCUCCUGACUGGAGAAAAACAAGAGGAGAGCAAGAGUCAGGGCUGUGUGCAGAAAUUCAUAGAUCUCUCACUUUUCAAACACCGGGGCUUCCUCAUUUAUCUCGUCGGUAAUGUGGUCAUGUUUUUUGGGUUUUUCGCGCCAGUUGUCUUUAUGGCUCCGUAUGCAAAACAUCAAGGGGUUGAUGAAUAUUCAGCAGCUUUCUUGCUUUCCAUUUUUGCUCUGGUGGACAUGUUUGUCAGACCAGCAACUGGCUUCAUUGGCAACACCAAGUGGAUACGGCCACGGAUCCAAUACUUUUUCAGUUUUGCAGUUGCAUUCAAUGGUGUGUGCCACAUUUUAUGCCCACUGUUACCUGGAUAUGCGGGUCUGGUUGGGUACGCUGUCAUCUUUGGUGUGGCGUUUGGGAUGGUUUGUGCACUGCUUUUUGAAGUUCUGAUGGACCUUGUUGGAGCUCAUCGCUUCUCAAGUGCAGUUGGGCUUGUCACCAUUGUCGAGUGUGGACCAGUGCUUCUUGGACCUCCAAUGUCAGGAGCUCUGGUUGAUAUUUUCGGGGACUACAAAUACAUGUACUAUGCGUGCGGAGUGAUGAUGCUGGUGCCUGGCAUAUAUUUCUUCAUCAUGCAUUACUUCAACUACAAGAAACUGGACGAGGAGCAGCGGCAGAGCGUGGCUGUGGAGAUGAGGACUUGUGAAGAGGCAGUACAACUUAAAAUGAGCCAGGACGGUAACAUAGCACAUGAAACAGAUGGAUGAACGCGCUGAGUAUGAUUUUAUUUGAAUGGAUGUGGACAGAUGACACUGCACAGGCUUUGAUUAAAUUAAAUUAAAUUAAAUUAAAUUUGUUUGUAUAGCCCAAAAUUCCAAAUUCGCCUCAGAGGGCUUUACAAUCCAUGCAGCCUACAACAUCUUCUGUCCUAGGACCCUCGCAUUGGAACAGGAAACCCCCUCCCAACUAAAAAAACUUAAACGAGUAAAAACAAAACCUGAGGGGGAGUAACAGAAGAGGGGCCCUCUCCAAUGACGCCAGAAGUGCAGUAGAUGUCGUGUAAAGAAUAAACUAUAUAACAUAAUUACAACACAGUCAAUGCAUAUGAUAAAAAUGAUUCAUAUAAUGAGUGUAGUAAGCAGAAUAAUAAUGGAAAAACAAUGACUAAUAAUAAUAAUACAGUAGGCCAUUGAUAACUAGAUAUAUAUUUUGUAUAUUUUUGAAUUUGGAUGACUCCUUGGACCUGUUCAUCAUUAGGUAUAUUAAUGCUUAUUUUAUUCUAUUAAUAAAUUGCAAAUUUCCCCGCUGAGGGACUAAUAAAGGAUUAUCUUAUUUUAUCUUAUCUUAAAUCAUGUGUCAACUGUAACUAUAAUGGCUUUCUUUCAUAAAUCAUCCAGAAAUGCUGCAGUUUCUAAUGCAUUUAUCAUAAUGAUUCCAUCAUUUAAUAUGGGCCCUCUUUGUUUUUGUAGUGGCUGUAUAAAAAGUAAUUUACCUGAUUAAAUAAAAUAACUAGUAAAAUCCCAAAGACACAGAGCCAUUCUACUCCUGUGUACUGCCAUCUUCUUACCACUAGAUGGCACUGGACUCUACCAUGCGAGACCUCAAGGUGCAACACAUCUCUU